UCGUAUGGUCUGGUGUUUGUUUUGAUUAUUUCAAAAAUUUAACAAAAUUAUAAAUAACUUUCUAAAAUGAACUUGAAAUAAUCAAAUCGUAAACCUAAUAUGUCAUUCUUUUAUUUAUCUCCCGUUAAAGGUGAUAUGCCUGUGCAUUUGCUAGAGACAAUCGUUAUUAAGAGACUCGAAUACUUGAGGGCUAUUUUAAGACAAGAUUCUGCUGUUUAUUGUGAAUAUGUCUUAGAAGGAAGUAUCUACGAUAAUGUUGGACACUUUAUGUUGUGCGUAGUGUCGAUUUUGGGUGAAUAUUCGGGAGUUACGCACUUCUUUUUGAAGGCUGAAUUAGAGUUGUUUAAAAAACGGAUAAGUUCACUUUCCCCGUACGACAUGCGUUCAUUUGCGAAGAAACUGCUAAGGACAAUAAGAAAACAUGAAAAUACGCCUCCUUUCAUAGAACCUUUACAGGUUUUAUGUAGACAUUUAAUGUUGAAGGACAUAGCACAGCACAUUUGUUCUUCAACACAUAGUAAUGAUUGUGCUUUUCAUAGUAUAAGCAUACAUUUCAAACAUUGCCUUCCGUUUGUCGCUAGGAGAAGCGUCGAACUUGAUAAUGGACUUGCAAUCCUGCCUUGUGGGGUGUGGAAACAAUACCUAAUGCAUCUUUUCACUACUAAUUUAAGAAACAGAAUCAACAAAUCUAAUUUAUCAGGAUUAAAAAGUGAUCCUAGAGUAAUGGAAAUACUAAUGAAAAUAAAACAUGAACUUCCAAUUGUUAUUAUGAAUACUGGUGAGCACAAAUUAACAAGUCAAACUGUUGAUGUUUCAUCAAGAUAUUUCCCUCCUUGCAUGUUGAACUUACACCAAUACCUGCGUAAAAAGCACAGGUUAUCGCACUCCCAAAGAUUCUACUAUAGUCUAUUCUUAAAAGACAUUGGAAUGUCUGUUGGAGAAGCCAUAGACUUCUGGAGGACAGAGUAUCAACAGAGUCCAAACAGCCAUAGCUGUUGCCACAAUUGGCAGAAAGAUGAGAAGAAAUUUGUCUAUGGAAUAAGACAUAUGUAUGGUUUAGAAGGAGGCCGGAAGAACUACACAUCAGUAAAUUGCCAGAGGAUACAAAACUCUGAUACAUCAUGUUCCGAAGGAGGCUGCCCAUUCAAAUCAUUUGAUAACCAAAAGAUGAUACAAGUUUUAAAUUCCCAAACUAAAAUGACAAAUACAAUGAUGUCUCAAAUAUGUGAAUUAAAAAGAAAACAUCAGUAUACUUCUGCUUGUGUCCUUUAUCUACAGAAGUGUUUGGAAUCUAGUGACUGUGAUAAUGUUAGCUUUAAUUUUACACCUGUCAAAUAUUAUAUGCUUGCUUCUAAAAGCAAGUCUAUGGAGUUUGAAGAAUCUUAAUAUAUUAUUAUAUUACUAA